AUGGUUGGAGCUCGCCGCACGCGCGCCGCAGGUGCAAGUCCAGGUGGUUUUAAAUCACUUGAUGAUAUCCCAAAGAAGACCACACGUGGAAAAGGAAGGAGGAUUAAGACCGAACCCAUCGAGCCUUCAAUCGAGUCCGAGUCCAGUGACCCAUUCAUCAUUCCAGCCGAAGCCAACAAUAAUACCGAGUCGCAAAAGACUCAAUCAUCUCCUACAAAUGCAUCCAGGACAAAUUCUCCCGAUUCUCAAUCACCUUCACCUACAGCAGGCGAUUCACGCUCUACCUCCCCUCCACCUAAAAACAACAUCGCAUUUAACGACGCGUCUUCCGAUAACGAUGUCAUCAAUCACGAACAAGCCGCUCCGCGCAUUGCUCCGCUAGAAUCCAAAAAGAGAUCUCGGGAGGACGAGGCUUCUACCCACCAAAGUGCUGGCAUUACAAACACGGAAGAAGACGUUGAGCAGAGGUCCAGCAAGCGUACACGAAGGCAGCAAAGUAGUGGUGUCGAAGAUGUCGCAGCUGAAGCUGAGAAAUCAACCGAACCCGAACUUGAACCCAAGAAGAAGUCAAGAGGUCGACCCAGCAAUCGCGCAAAGGCAUCUCCCAAGAAGCCACCGACUAAGACUCGAGGUCGCAAGCAAGAUCCAAUUGUCCUUAACGACGACAGCGGCUCAGAUGAUGAAGCUGAAACAACGGUAUCGCCUCUUCAAUCUCGAUCAACUUCUACACCAAAACAAGCUGUUACCCCUUCUCCCCAUACUCCACAUCAGCAAGAAACUUCCUCAGCUGAAGACGAGCCUCAAGUUGGCCCAUCCACCAUUUCUUACCCUACUUCUACGCUCACACUCCCUCCUCCUGAUUUACGAGCUGUUCCCCAAACCGAAGUUAAACAGACAGCGCCAUCCCUCACUGAGACUGGCCCUACUCCAUCAAAAUCCCGUCCCAAUCUAUCUGUUCCUAGAGGAUUUCCGUUGUCAAAUUAUAAACUUACACCUGGCAUGUCGAAGACCGACAGACUUCGUUUAAUGUAUGGGAUUCCAUCACCAAACAAAGGAAAAGAGGUUGUCAAGGAAGUUGCACAAGGCGCCAAUGAUAGUGAGCGCAAGACGACCGCUGUGGCUUCUUCUAGUGAGAAUCUUUCCAAGCCCGAUGUUCCCCAUUCAGCGAAUCAAUCUCCUAGGGAUGGGCUGAGAUUAACGGAUCCUUAUUUAGUAGCUGUGGCCAAAGUCUUCACUAAUCAUAAGGAUAAGUCAAGGGCAUUGCCAUCUAUCGAACAGGUUACGGCAUUUCUUACUACCUUCGAUGCACAACAACCUCUGUACAAUCCAAAGGCGCAAAUGGUUACUCAAAAGCCUACGCGUCCUCCACAACCGAAAAAACCUAAACGCUCAGGUUAUGCUGUUCCCGAUACUGAUAGUGAUGACACCGAUAUGUCAGAUGAGGAAGAAGCACAAGUCGUCGAUGAACCAAAAACGCCCGAAGCACAAAUUUCCCCUUCGCAAGAUGCAAGCCCUAAAAACAGCUGGUGGACUCCCAUCUCUACUUUUACCUCGCUGAUUACAAGCCCCUUCCGCAAACAGUCCACUGAUGUUCCGGCUCCGCUUUCUGGCAACAAACUUGUCCCACCAUUUAUCUUCAACCAGCCACCAACCACUCCUGCAGCAGUUCCCCUCAAACGUAUGUCCCAUUCAGAUCGCAAACGCAAUACUCGCAACAACGUUCAAGGCCGUCUUGCAGGCUUUCAAACCGAACUCCAUCCAAGACACCGGGAUGUUGAAAAAACACCAGUCCACGUGAGUGGUUUGCUCACUGCUGCGGAGGUAAGAGAAAUUCACAGAGCGCAGGAUGAAUAUGCCGCAAAGCAUCGUGGAAAGGGUCCUUCCAUCGAAGCUAAUCAAGACAUACAUAAGAACGCACGAGCGUCCCAAAGAGCUGCCGUCACUACUCCUGUCGAGGGAGAAACCUCAGCAUUUACACAGGCUAAAGUAGGCGAGAAGCGUGAUGCCGACGGUGCACCAAAGGUGCCCACCCAACGCUGGAAUGAUUUCCUGCGCAAAGAAACUCGUUCUGAUUCAGAUUUCGGUCCUAGAUGGAUUCGAUGCCGAAAUGGUCUUUACAUUAGAGAGAAUUGCACUGACAGACAAUUUGAAUUUAACCACAUUGUGACUGAUAAUGAUCCUUGCUGGGAAGAUCAUUACCGCGAUAUUGACGCCUUCCCAAAGCAAGAUGUUUUCAAGCCAGCAGGCGUCCAAAAUCCUCUCAACUCCGCACAGCUCCUUGAGCAAGCCCAUCUACGUGCCCGGGGCGUUGCUGGUAUACCAGACGAGAGCGAAAAUGAUUACACAUACGUCAUUGAUGAGCAACAGAAGAGAUUGCUCUUUUACCCAAGAAGUCCUUACAAUAUGUUUCAAAUUCCAGGCAAAAGACUCACCAGGGAUCACAUUGAAAACAUCAAGGAAGGACUUCCUCUUCUCAACCCUCGUGACGAAUACGGAAUCGCUAUCAAGACACCUGCUUUUGAUAGCACAAGACCAUCGCGUGAGCAGACGACAACCAACGUUUUCCAACAACUUCAUGAUUGGGACAAGAAAUACUACUACAAGGAUGCUGUUGAAAUGAAAGCAGGCAGAAUCCUUGAGCCAAAGCAAUGGAGUCAAACACCUCCACCAAAACCCAAGCCUGGUAACGCCAAGCUUCCCGGUGCCGUCGAGCAAACACCAGCUCCAAUCUCUGAGGCUGUAAAACACGCCAUGAGUAGAGCCAAUAAAUAUUUACCAGCAAAGGGCAGUGGCCUUCGACAGGUUUCCAACAUGAGCCCUCUCCAAGCCGAGCAAGACAGGGUCAUGGAAGCGGUGAAAGAGUCUAAGCCUAUGUUCAAUUUCGACUUUAGCGAUGAAUCCCUUGGUUUUCACGUUGACCCUCUUGUCAAAGAAUGUGUUCUAGAACGCCUUGGCGAAGGUUACGUUCCUAUCACACCCAUUCCCGAUCACAUCUGGCAUGAACAUGAUGAUCUUCAGCUAGGCGAGGUAGAAAGAGCCGUUGCUAAAUUGUUCGAGGGAAUUGAUCCCAGACUGUUUGGUUCUAUGCAUAACGGGAUCAAGGUUCCAGAGCAACCCAAUAUGGCUAUUGAAUUUACUUCGGAAAGUCCAACCAAUCGACCCGCCCUCAAAUUAUGGUAA